GCUGACGAUCAUUCUAUGUGUGAAGAAGAUCAUUCGUUUGUGCUCUCGUUAAGAAAAUGUGAAAAAAAAAUAUUUAAAAGAAAAAAGUUUUAUUCUGUGAAAAAUUUUUAUGUAAUGAAAAAUUAAGUGAAGAUUAUUGGAGAAUUGUGAUGAAUUUAUGAAGGAAAUUUAUGAAAAACUAAACGGGAAAGAAUUUAUUGAAAUAGAAAUAUGUCAUUAAGGUUUUCUUCUUGUAUUUUCGUUGGGAUAAAAAGAAAAUUGAAAAUUUGAAGACAUCGAGAUUAAGCAGUGAAAACUUGACAUCAUAAGCAACAAAUACAAACGUGUAUACACAGAGAAAUAAACAAGAUUUAAAAAGAAUUUUUGUUUCUCAAAACGAUGAAGCUGUGGAAAUCAAAAAAGUCGGCAACGACAAGUUGCGUGUCGGCUGUAAGCGGAAAAUUAAAUUUGAGUGGAAAUAAAAACGGAUACAAAGAUCGAGAUGAAGAUCGAGUCGAGACGAGUUCUUCGUCAGCGAUGUCCACAAAUCAGUCAACAGUUAACUCGCCAAAUGGCGUGCACCAAGUGUCACGAUUGGAAGGCCGUGCAAUGAGCCCAGCGCAAUCAGAAGAUUCAGGCUUAGCUGCUGAUCGAGGAUCAACUUAUGCCACUAUCUCAAUUCCUAGACAAAGCUGUCAGUCGAUGGGAAUUGUUUUUGCUGAGCGAACUGACAUUUCCUACCCACCAAUUAUCGAGACGAUCAAUCUGUUAGAACCAAAUGCCGAUUUCUUAGCUCCUGGUGAUCGAGUUCAUCAAGUUGAUGGAAUCUCAACGAUUGGAUUGUCGAAUGAACAGGUCAUGAAUCUUUUAUUGUGCAAUCGUGAUGAGAAUGCAAUCAUUGAGAUCGAAUAUUCUCUCCCUGACUACUUGUCACAAAACAGUUUAUGCGUCACCACAAAACUAGCACAAGUCGCAGUUGAGCGUGAAAAUGGUUGUUUAGGACUAACAUUGCGGGGUGGAUCAGAACUGCCAAUUAUUGUGACAAAUGUUCGCGCUUAUGGGCCGGCAUAUAAAACAAGUCGCAUAAAGCCUGGAGAUCGCGUUCUUCGUGUCGAUAAUAUUUCAUUGAUUCACAAAUCGCUGUCGGAAGCACAACAAAUCCUAAAGUGUGGACACAAUUCACCAUUUUGUAAUCUCACGAUCGAGUACGAAGUUUCAGUGAUGCAAACAGUGGAAUUCUCGCUCGGACCGCUCUUGAUUGAAAUUGAAAGAUCGAUGAAUGAACAGAUGGGUUUGGUGUUGUGUAACUUCAUGCCACUUGCUGCCGAUUUCAAUGGAGUUCAGCAUUCGGGAAUUUUUAUUUCAAGUAUCAUCCCAGCGAGUAUUUCUGAUAGAUGCGGCGCACUUUCAGUUGGAGAUCAAAUCUUAACAGUUGACGAGACGGUCGUUGAAAACACCGCCUUUACACCCGAUGACGUUAUUCAACUACUGGAAGCGAAUUGCACUAAAGGCUUCACACAAAUUCAAAUUCUUCCAGCCCACGCCAUUCUUCGUCGGAAAGGAUUGCAUUGUACGAGUCCACGUUUUAAUGGUUUCAACACGAUGGAUCCACGUCGAACGCCUAAGAUGAGUCAAAAUAAGAAAUUCUUUCGGAAAAGUUCAUUGCCUUUGGACAACAAUACAUUGAUGAGUACGAUAACAAGAACAGAGAGAAUCAACGUCGUUUUAGAUUGUACACAAGGCUCCGGUUUGUGUUUAAGUUUGACACCACAAAACGGAAGCUGUUUUGUUAUCACGAAGAUACUCCAAGACUCUGUCGCUGAACGGUCAGGUUGCAUUCAAAAAGGCGAUCGAAUCAUUUCCGUCAACAAACUUUACAAUCUCGACAUUCAACUCAUUCGACAAAUUCUUAGAGACACACCAAGCAUCUUUCAGCAACAACAAAAUGCAACUGGAGUGGCACAUUGGGUUGAACUUGAAUUGGAAUUCGAAAUGCUGGUUGAUGAUUCAGCGCGUGGUAUUUUUAACAUCAAACUCAUGAAAACAAGCAGAAAUUCCGGGCUUGGGAUAACUGUGAAUGGUUCAUCUCAAGGUUCAUUUGUUGUUACUGACAUCAAACCAGGAUCACCAGCACAUCGUGCUUCAGUGAAAGUCGGCGAUCUUGUUCUAGCAAUCGAUUCCCAUCCAAUACAACACUUUAAUGUUGAUCUUCUUUUAAAAGAAAACAAAAAUGAUUGUGUCACGUUAACAAUUCGAAGAAAUGUCAUCGCUGAUUAUUUAUUUGAGAGUCAAAAUCGUCAAAAUGUUGUGACUUAUGCAAAUUAUGAUGCUGCAACAAACACUUUUGGGGGAUAUGGAAGCAAUAAUAAUAACAAUAACAAUUUACGACAAACUGAUCAGCAAUUGAAAAACUAUUACGAAGAGCCGCAUUACUCAGUCGUGCCAGCUCCACGUUAUUGGAAUACAUUAAAAAUGAAUAAAAAUGAAAAUCAAGGAAGUGAAGAUGUUAUGGGAAAUUCAAUUUCAACGAAUGAUCUCGUUAAUUACAACAACGUUGACUUCACAAUGGCACAACAGAAGAUGAUGAGUAUGAGUAUGGGCCCGACAACAAAUGCUUCGCAUGGAACUCAAACUGACACAAAUAAUGCGAGUUCUUCACUAAACAACAACAUGAUGACAUCUUCGUUCUUCACACAACAACCAAAUGUCUUCAAUGUUCAACUUCAUCCAAAUGGUGGACCUUUAGGAAUCACUUUGGCUGGCAAUGAGGAUGGAAAGAAGCCGAUUGUGAUUAGUGGAUUACAAGAUGGUGGCGUUGCUUUCAACACUGGUCAGAUACAAAUUGGUGACACUCUUCUUGCAAUUAAUAAUGAAAGUGUUAUUGGAAUUCCACUUUCAAGUGCCACAAAACUUCUUCAAGUUUUAAAUGAAAUCAUUGAAUUGAGAUUAACAAGAAGUAACAAUCAAUUAACAAAUUCGCCAAAGGCAAGUGAAAAAAUGCCACAACCACAAGCACUUUAUGCUGAAGUUCAACGUCGUCCUAAUAAUUUGAUUAAGGCAGAUGCGACAUCAAGUUCAAGUAGUCGAAGUGGAAGUAACAAUAGCGAUGGACAAUUGAAGACAAUUCAUGUAACAUUGUACAAAGAUCAAGUGUAUGAUGAUUAUGGCUUUUCAGUGUCGGAUGGUCUUUAUGAACGCGGUGUUUAUAUUAAUAGAGUUAGAAGCGGUGGACCCGCUGAUCAAGUUGGCGUUUUAAAACCUUACGAUAGAAUCAUUCAGAUUAACAUGACAAAUAAUACGACGAUUGAUAUGGACGAUCUUGUGAAAGUUGGACAAUAUGUAGUAAUUCAAAGACAGAGCUUUACAAAACUAACUAGUUUUAAUAAUUUGGAAUCAACCGUGCAAAUGGGACGUGAUGCGAUUGAGUUAAAAAAUAUUUGCGGACAAUCAUGGCACAAAACAUUCAAAAUGCAAAUGAAAGGAGGAGGAAAGAAGAGAAUUUACUCACUUGAUCCUUGUGAUAAUGUUACUGAUUGUAAAGAAAUUUUGAAGAGUAUGGAGUCGGGUGUUGACAACCGGAAUAUCAUCGACGAUGGUCAAUCGCAAACUCUAUCAAACGACGAAAUACUCAACAUGAGAGAAAGUUUAUCAGAUUCUAAAGAAAUCAUCGGAACACUUGUAGCCAAUUCAAAAUCGUUUGGUGAGAAGACUGAAUAUUCUCAAGAAAAAUACAUCAAAAAAAAGGAAAAAAAGUAUUUUGACUUCAUCCAAAUUCGAAAACCAAGCAUCAGACUUUUAGCUGAUAUUUUCUAUCGUCAAGAUCCUGAUAAACCUUUAGGAUUGCGUAUUGAUUCUUUAUCUCAAUUGAUUUCAUAUUCAGGUGUUAAUUCCACUGGAACUUAUUUAGUUUACGAAUCGGGAACAAGUGGGUUAGUACCAGCAGCAUUUCUCAACUCAAUGGGCAAUUCAGGAGAUGCUCGACUUGUUCAUGUUCAUCCUGGAAAUUUCCCUCAAAAGCAAGCGGUUCUUGCUCUUAAUCUAAGUGAAGAUCACAUGAAGAAAUGUGUUUCUGUGAAUCUUUAUUCUGUAUUAAGACAAUUUUAUCAAGAACAAAAUAACGAAGAAUCAGAGAUCAUUGAGGAAUCAAACAUCGAAAGUAGAAAAAGAAAAGCAAUCGAAGAAAUUGAAGAAAUGCCAGCCUCAAAAAAAAUCAACUCGGAAAAUGGGAAAGUUGAGUUGACAAACGAAAUAAAACCUCCGAAGAAACAAAAAUGGCAAUAUGAAAAUGAAGAAGCGAUAGAAUUAUUAAAACAUAAAGUCGAUUCUCUUGUGAUUGUUUCCAAGGAAGAUCCAUUUAAUAUUGCUAAAGAAUUAUUACAAUUUGUUCAUCCAGGUCGACCCGUUGUCAUUUUCCACACAUGCAAAGAAAUUCUCAUGGAAUGUUAUUCAUCAUUGAAAUCUCUCGAUAAACUUGUCAAUCUUCGUUUGACCUCAAACUGGAUGAGAAACUAUCAAGUGCUUCCCAUGCGAACACAUCCAGCUGUUCAAAUCACUGGAAAUAGUGGAUUUCUUCUGGUUGGCUACACCAUUAAAAAUGAUUUAGAAUCUGAAUACACUCCAUCAUUGUUCGCUAAGAGAUUCGCAUCACGAGAUGAACUUCUUAGUUAUCAUCAAGAAUUUGCUAAGAAAAAAUCUGAAAAGAAUCGUUUUAAAUACAAUUGUCGAUUGAAUGUCAGUUAUGGGCCGUCAUUUCGAGAGAAACUUGAUAUUUAUGGAGAUGAUUUGAAAGGUGAUAAUCCGCUCUUCGUUUAUAUUCAUGGAGGUUACUGGCAAAUGAUGAAUAAAUGGGAUUCAGCUUAUUGUGUAGCUCCACUAGUUGAAAAUGGAAUAAGAGUGAUCGUGAUAGAUUAUGAAUUAUGUCCACAAGUUACUCUCGGACAAAUUGUAGGGCAAGUGAAAGUUGCAUUUCAAUGGAUCGCUAAUUAUGUGGCAAAAAAAUCAAUCAAAUCAGUUUCAUUUGCUGGUCAUUCAGCUGGAGCUCAUUUGUUGGCUUGUUGUUUAUGUGAAGAAAUUUUAUCUUCCAUUAGUCGAGAUGUACAACUUUUUGCUUAUUGCAUUUCUGGUAUUUAUGAUUUGGGAGAGUUGCGGCAUUUGAAAGCUGCAAACGAAAACAACAUUCUGUCACUCAAUGAUAACAAUGUUCGUAUAUUGUCUCCACAAUUUUAUGACUUCAGAUAUCUCAUCAAUCGAAACAUUCAAAUUUUCAUCUUUGCUGGUGAAUUGGAGUCGAAAAAGUUUCAACAACAAUCAAAAGAUUUCUCACAAAUUUCUCUAAAAAAUUUGCCAUCAAAUUCUUUGCAAAUUAUUCCUGAUCGUGAUCACUUCGACAUUGUUGAAAAGUUAUCCGAGAGUGAUUAUGAAGUUACAAAACUUUUCAUUGAAAAUGCCAAAAAAUGA